CUACAAGGCACCAAUACAUACAGAAUCAGUUACUCAAGAGCGCAGAUAUUCUCGCACACAAUCACUACGCGAUCCUUUCACACUUGACCUCAGCCAAAACAGCAAAAAAAGCUCGCAAUGAACGCCCUCUUCAAUUCAGCCUUGCGGCAGUCGACCUCAAUACGAAAAGACUUGGAUCAAUUUGCCGAUUCAGCCUCGCCCUCUCCACACCUCCAGGCCCAGCUCAACGCCUCCCUUGCAACAUUCGCCCGCACCAUCGACGACUAUGGCAAGCUCGCGAGACAAGAGCCGGUGCAGACAAAGGCCGAAAAGGCGCAGGAGAGAUUGAAGAAUUUCAGGGCAGAGCUGGACGAAUACCGUGCUAGCUUCAAGCGCAUAAAGAGCGCAAACGAGGACAUUCAAACCACAGAAGCCCGCACCGAACUUCUAGGCCGCCGCCCUCACAACACAGCCACGCCCGAGAAUCCCUAUGCACAGCACAACCUAGCUGCCCAGCACUCAGCCUUUGCCCCCUCCCAACCCUACGACCCCAAUGCCCCCUACCGACCCAACCCAUACUCAGCAGGCGCCCCACAAGGUGGCCAAUAUGAUCGUGAAGGUCAUCUCUUGCGCGAAAACACCUUCUUCAACAAAACCUCGGAGCAACUCGACGAGUUCCUCGAUAGGGGAAGAGCCGUGCUCGGCGAUCUUGGCCAGCAGAGGGAUAUGCUCAAAGGCACCCAGAGAAGGCUAUACACGGUUGCCAAUACCCUCGGCAUCAGUGGAGACACAAUACGCAUGGUCGAGAGGCGAGCAAAACAGGACAAGUGGAUCUUCUGGGGUGGCGUCGUCGUCUUUUUCCUCUUCUGCUGGCUCGUCAUACACUAUCUACGCUGAUGCCAAUCGACUUGGUUUCUCUUUGCAUCGAUUUCAGCGUAUUCAAUUGAGUCAGCAAGGCGUCCGGCGCAUUCAACACAUUGAGGGGUUACGAGCAUCUUUUUGCGUGGCAGGAAAUCAUUGGUCUAAGGUGCCAUCAUGCGUUCCUUCACCAUGUCUAGGUUUGCCAAUAGAUUCCAGCCCUAACUGGUACAAAAAAUCCUAUUAUUUGUUGAUGAUUUCAUCCAACAGUUCAUACCUAGUUGCGAGCCUAGCCUUGUCGGUAAGCACUACCUCCAAUCAAAUCAUUCCGACAUGAAUUAUGGGUCAUACAACGUCCUUGUUACGUUGCACAAGUUUGCUACUAGAGACACAUGGCAUGACUACCAGCAUCGGGCAGAC